CUCCCGCCCCCCCACGCGCCUUCGGCAGCAGGAGGAUGUGGAGGGGAAGGACCCCUGCCGUCUCUCCUUUGGGGGCUGCCUCUCCUCCCUGGUGAGCCCAGCGCCGCAGCGCGUUUGGGGUGCGCGGAGCGGGGGGGGUCUCCUAAGCAUGAGUGCAGGGGCUGAGUGUGAAACCCCCAGGAAGAGAGUCAGGUUGGGCCCCCCCGCUUCCCCCAGCCGCGGCUCGGAGGAAGAGCAGCCCCCUUCCUUGGACAGAAAAGGGACACUGCAGCCUCCGCCUCCUCCCCCUCUCCCCCGGGAACGAGGGCCCAGAAGCAGCGGUAGUAGCCAAAGCUUGGCAGCCACGGUGGGGAACAAAGUUUACAAACAAAGGACAAUUACCACUUGGAUGGAGAAUAAAGGACCCAAGACAACUGAGUUAAAGAGUUUGCAGAGCAAAACUAAUAGCACGGGAGCAGAUCCCAAGAUGACUUCUGUUAAAAAGGAUAACUUGUGUGAGCAUGAUGUUAAAAAGCUAGAGAAUAUUUGUCCACAAAGCUAUCCAACAAAAUCUGUGGAAAUGAGUACGAAACUUGUAAAUCUGCCUCAGACUGGCAACCUGUGUAAAUGGGAGGCAGAGGGGCCAUGCAGAGAUCAGUCAUCAGACAUAGAGCCUGUUAAAGGGACCCGGUCUGGAGAUCAGUUUAAAAAUGCCAAUAUUGAUCACAUGCACAAAACUGGCAAGCAGGUUCACAGAGGUAGUGAAGAAAAUAGUGACAAUUGGACUCACAGGAAAUUAUCAUCAGGCAGGUCUGUGAAGAUGGCAAAUACAAAACAUCCAUCAAAAGACAGUGAAACAGAAGGAAAAGUAACUUCAUGUAAUCCACAGCAGCUAAAGAGCUGCAAUCCUGUCCAUGUAGUCUGUGUGACUAGUGAGCAAGAUGAGGUGGAUGUAGUUCCAGAAAGCCCACUUUCAGAUGUUUGCAGUGAUACUUGUGUAUCUGAUAUCAGAGGUCCAGGAAAACUGAACAAAUAUCAAAGUAGUUCAGGAGAUUCGCAUGCUUUUGAGAAAGAAAGUGAACCGGAGUCACCAAUGGAUGUAGAUAAUUCCAAGAAUAGCUGCCAGGGCUCAGAAGCUGAUGAAGAAACAAGUCAAUUUCUUGAUGAGCAAGAGGAUGUUGACACAUCAAAAGCUCCAAGCAAAUCUUACAGGUUUCAGCGAGGGAAUGCUGACCCAGAGUUGAGACGGUCACCGUUUUCUUCCAAAUGUUGUGAAGGUGCUCGAUAUAACCUCCAUUUUGAGGGGACGGAUGACUCUGUCAAAGAGGAUGAAUUGCAUACAAAGUCAUAUGGGAUCUCUCCCACUCUUUCAUCAGAAUGCAAAGGUGCAAAACACUGUGGGAAGAAGGACUCGAAAAUCACUGCCCAUUUCAUGAGGCUACCCAGAACAGAGGAGAAAAGCAGGAAAGAACCUUGUGAAUUCAAACACCAAAGGCCAGGAAGGAAGAUUCCUAAAUAUAUCCCACCUUCGCUUCCAACUAAUAAGAAAUGGUUUGGGACACCUAUUGAAGAGAUGAGGAGAAUGCCUAUGUGUGGGGCUCGUCUUCCUCAUCUGAGACCAUCAACUAAUCACACAGUGACCGUCAGAGUAGAUCUAUUGAGGGAAGGAGAGGUGCCAAAACCUUUUCCAACUCAUUAUAAAGAUUUGUGGGAUAAUAAACAUGUUAAAAUGCCCUGUUCAGAACAAAACUUAUACCCUGUAGAGGAUGAGAAUGGUGAUAGGACUGCUGGAAGCCGAUGGGAGCUAAUCCAGACUGCACUACUUAACAAGUUCACCAGCUCACAUGAUUUGAAGGAGGCUAUAUUGAGAUAUAAUGUUGCUUAUGCCAAGAAGUGGGACUUUACUGCUCUUACUGACUUCUGUGAUAAGGUGCUCGAAGAUGCAGAGUCUCAGCAUUUGUUCCAGUCCAUCUUGCCUGAUAUGGUGAAGCUAGCACUUUGUCUUCCUAGUAUCUGCACUCAGCCAAUACCUUUACUGAAACAAAAGAUGAAUCACUCCAUCACAAUGUCACAGGAGCAGAUCGCUAGUUUUCUAGCCAAUGCUUUUUUCUGCACUUUUCCACGACGCAAUGCCAAGAUGAAGUCUGAGUAUUCUAGUUAUCCAGACAUUAACUUCAACAGAUUGUUUGAAGGGCGGUCACCAAGGAAGCCUGAGAAGCUUAAAACCCUUUUCUGCUACUUUAGAAGAGUCACAGAAAAAAAACCGACUGGAUUAGUGACGUUUACAAGACAAAGUCUUCCAGACCUUCCAGACUGGGAAAGAUCUCAUAAAAAACUGACCAGAUUGUAUGUCACAUAUGAGGGCACUAUAGAAAGCAAUGGACGUGGUAUGCUACAGGUUGAUUUUGCAAAUCGUUUUGUUGGAGGUGGCGUCACUGGUGCAGGACUGGUACAAGAAGAAAUUCGUUUUUUAAUCAAUCCAGAGCUGAUAGUAUCUCGGCUCAUCACUGAAGUCCUGGACCACAAUGAAUGUCUUAUAAUCACAGGUACUGAGCAAUACAGUGACUAUACAGGCUAUGCAGAAACAUACCGAUGGGCGAGAAGCCAUGAAGAUGAUACCCCAAGGGAUGAAUGGCAGAGGCGCUGCACUGAAAUUGUUGCUAUCGAUGCAUUUCACUUCAGACGUUUUCUUGAUCAGUUUGUUCCUGAGAAAAUUAGAAGAGAACUCAACAAGGCAUACUGUGGCUUCGCUCGACCUGCUGUUCCCCCUCAGCAUCUUUCAGCAGUAGCCACAGGAAACUGGGGAUGUGGUGCCUUUGGUGGCGAUUCCAGAUUGAAAGCCUUAAUACAAAUCCUUGCAGCUGCGGAGGCUGGGCGAGAUGUGGUUUAUUUUACAUUUGGAGAUGCUGAGCUGAUGAGAGAUAUUUACAGCAUGCACACCUUUCUCACUGAGAAGGGCCAAACUGUAGGGGAUGUUUACAGGCUGUUGCUCAGAUAUUAUAAUGAAGAAUGCAGAAGCUGUUCUACUCCAGGACCAGAUGUGAAGCUUUACCCUUUCAUAUAUAAUACCCUUGAAUCCUAUGCAGAUUCCACCGAUGAAGAUGAGAAAGGAUUGUGCUUUGAUGACUAAAAUAAAAAUUUAUGAGGAGGAUUUUUUUCCUUUCCUUCUAAUAUAUUGUUUGAAUUGCUGGGUGUAAAAUAUGGACUGGCUUAACUUAAUAUCAAUGUAUAUAAUACUGCAUUUGUAAUCCUAUAAACUCUCCUAACCUAAAACCAAACUUUCAGAGGUGAGAUUUUCUGUUUAUACAAUGUAAACCCCAUCCAUCCACAUAUAUAAAGAAUUGUUUUGUAAAUCCUAUUUGCAUGUCUUCUUGUUCAUCGGCAGAUUUUGGUCUAUAUUUGUUACCCUUUGGAAUCAACAAAUACCAGUUUAUGUGAAAACUCUCUUUAAGAGAACCUAUCAAAUAUACCGAUUUCCAACAUAAAGUGAUUACUAGUAAACCCACAGCCAUGUAACUCAUGGGCGUGAUGUUAGGAAAGCCUGUAAUUAUCCAUUUUAUUGGAAAUUCUAACAGUUCCAGUCCAUCCCUGAAACUGCCAUGGUACUUUUUGCCUUUAAUUUUCACUUCUUAAUUUCUGCAGCUUUAAAAACUUCACAAUUUUAAAUAUGUUUUAAAUAAAAAGUAAAAGUUUAAAAACUGCAAGGAUUAUGGGGAAGCAAAAAUUAAAGCAGCACUCACAACUACUCUUCUGGUGUUGGCACUCUGAGGAGAGCAGGAUAACAGGAAGUUAGACUGGGAAAGGGAAAAGAGGGGCUGAGUUAUAAGGAAAAAAGAAACAACAUUAAAACUAGAGAAAGCAGAGGGAACAAGUUCAGAUCGUUUACUUACAUUCUUAAAAAUCUAUAGUAGGACCCAAGUAUUAUAUAAAACAGUGAACAAGUUCUUAAACUUGAUGAUGUAUCUAAAAUUACUCAAGGUUUGCUGCAGUGAUUUGUAAUAUUGCUGGAAUUCAGCUAUUUGUUAGAUUUACAACAGCAUAUCAAUGAUCCCCUACCUAGAAUAUAUACAGAUAUACGCACGUAGGUGUGUAUAAAUGUGCACACAAUAGAAAUUAAACGAGGAUAUGAUAAUUACUUAGGCAUCAGUGGGCAAGUAAUCUUUCCAUCCUACAAAAAAAAAACAAAAAAACCCCCCAUUAAAACAGCAACUGUUGGGGGGAGGGGUGUGCACGCGCGCCUUUUGAAGUAUGGAAGCGAUAACAAUGGAGGGUAUGUCAUAGGAAGUAGUGUAGAAACUGUGCUAUUACCAUCUUCAUGGGUCCAAAAUGCAUACUGCUGCUGUACAUUAAAGAAAUGUACGAAUGAGUUUCAAGGCUUCAGGAACAUAACUGUAGCAUAACAUCCCAAGAAUGUAUACUGGCCAAACUCUAUUGAUUUCAGUGGAAGUUUUGCCUCUGGUAAGCAGUCUGCAAUUUAGUCCCAAGUUGGAAAGUAUGGCCUUCUCUCCAUUAGGCUUUUUUUGUCCAAUCUCAUUAUUGCUGCUGCUGCUACCAAUUAAGCUCCACAGGUGUUAGUAAUACUGAAAGCUGUAGAGUAGAUAAAGCACUGUUGGCCACCAACAUUUUCAGCAUGAUGUCUGGUAGAUCUCCUCUGAGUGGGCUUAGACAACAUGGUGCUUAAAUACUGGUGCACGUUCAGAGUCCAGCCUACAUUAAAGCUCCUGCUGCUGCUCCUACUGUUGGAGCUGAACUAGUGGGGAAUUUGGGACUUGAAAAAAGAUUAGUGCAGAGGCUCUGUAAAAACAUCUUCACAGUUAUGCUAAUAGUUCAAAUAGGAAACAUCAGCAUUCCUUGUAAUUUAAUACAUUAUGACACAGGUGAUUUAACCCUGCAGUUUCCAACUGUUGUAUUUUCUGUCCAUCCAAAUCCAUUGAAGAGCAAAUUGAAAAAGAAAUCUUGAUAAAGAGACUUGGAAUAGCAUUUCAGCACCUUUAUUUUGUUUAUACCUGUGGCUUUAGAGCUAAAGGAAAUGUGUCUGUUCCAGGAAUUGCUCAGAUUCUGACUAUAAGAUGUUAAUGCUCAUAGUGAACUUUUAUUCCAGGCAUUUUGUUCUAAGGAUCAUGUUUUGGGAUUUGACUUCAAAUGCAUUGCUGAUAAUAAACACAACCUGAUCAUACAUGUGUACAGAAAAUUGAAGCUAAAUGUCAAAUCCUGUUCACUUUACUACUUAUAGCAAAGGUGAACAGGAUUUGGCCUAAACAAUUGGAAGAAAAUAUAGCAGCAAGUCCUGUAGUUGGGCAUAACGUCCCACUUUUUUAAAUAAAUAAGUCUUAAUGAAAACAAGCAUUGUGUUCAUCUUUGGGGGGAAAAUAUCAGUUUUGUAAAUCAAACUCUACCAAAUGAAUGUCUUGUCAUUACAAGAAAGUCUACUUCAGCCAUGAAAAUGGAGAAUAUUUGUAACUAUAGGAUGAUUUUCUCAAGUUCAUUUUCUGACUGUACCAUAGUGUAUUCAAUUCAGAGAAUAAGAUGUUUCCAGGACAAUCCAUGUGAUCACAUCUAUGAUGAUUUUUUUUUUUUAAAUCCUGGAGAAUUAAAUAAUGGUGGAGCAGAGAGAGCAACCUAUUCAAGCUCAGUUCUUUAAUGUAUGUUCCUCCAUAUUUUUUUUAAAAUGUAGUUAAUAAACUGUUGUCUGCUUUUUCACCGGUUGAUACAGAAUUCAUUUAAUUUAUAUAUAGUCAUCUGAAAAAUUUGAAGUAAUAUCUCCUGUAUCCUUAUGUACUUGGUCUUUGAAGGGGAAUACUGUGAGGGCACUUGCAAUGUAAUGUUGAGUGCAGCAUAAAGAUUAUAUUUACUUGUACAGAUUUGAAGUAACAUAGCACAUGGUUAAGAAGUUGUUAAGAGCAUUAUAUUCCCAGGAUCUUUCUAAUCUGAGAGAAAACUAAACUGUCCAGGAUGUUCCAUCAAAGCCAAAAGGAUAAUUUUAGGUCAGUGUAAUAUUCACUCUACAUCUUAAUUUCUUUCCCACCCAAUCAGCAUCAUCCAUACUUUCUGGAGCACGCUAUCUAGCCAGAGGCGCUUCUGGUGCUGAAUUCAAAAUAUUGAGAAAUGGAGAGUGCUGAUGGACUAAUGUUGCAGUCAGGGAAGUUAGGAAUUUUACUCUUCUAGAAACCUGUUUGUGGAAUGCUCUAUUCUCUUCAUUCUUAUAGGGGUGUUUGCUACAUAUGUUCAAAUAAACAGAAGUAUUAAACUUCCUACCCCAACAAUUGUUUUAUACUGUGUUUUAGCUGCAAAAUAGAAUGAUCAAUAUGUAACAAUGGUGGGCAGUCUAUUAGAUUGGAGUGUGGUCUUAUAAUCCGGUUAGGGGGACGGAGUGCCUCUGUUCACUUUACAGCGCUUACACCUAAAUUCCUCAGUCAGGAGGUGCUUUUAUCCAGUUAUGUGUACCAAUUGCUGAAUAUAUUAAUUUACAGAUUGCUGAAAUAUUCUUGACACAUUCUUAAACUUGCAGUUGAUGCAUCAUAUUUUGAUUUUUCUGGAUGCUAAUGUUUACAUGAUUUUUGUAGGAAUAAAAUAUAAA